CAACACUGUCAGUGAGAUUGUUUGUUCGGCUUUGGGUGUCAGCCGCUUUGUAGUUUUGCGUGAUAAUUAUAGAAAUAAUCAGUGCUAUCGUUGUAUAAGUGAAUAGAAAAUGGUUUAAUAAUCGUGCGAUGACUUUACUGUCGCGUUAUUGCGCGUAAUAUACGUAAAAUUGAGGUGCUUCCGCCAUGACAAUGGGUAGCACUGUCGGGAAGUAUCCCGCGGCACUUGUUCUAUAUUUUCUGUGUAUGGGACUAUGGUAUCCAAUUUUAGCUCAAGAUGAAGUGAAGAUUGAUUUAACCCCAUGGAAGGGGAGUCUGCGCAAUACAUCCGAAGUGACCUGCACUGUUGCCCCGGAGACUGCUGAAAUUUCAUGGCUGUUCCAGGCUCAACCCUUAGUACCCAACAAUAGAACAAAUGUUACCACCAUCAAGAAAGAUUUAACAGGUGAACGGUAUAUCAUAUCCACGUUGACAAUAAAUAAUACGCAUUCAGAAGAUGGUGGCAACUACACUUGUGUCGCUAAAGUCGGGAGUGCUGAAGACUCCAAGGUGGCCAACUUAGACCUGAGCUUCCCUGCUCGACUGGUCAACCAGACAAGCAGUCCCAUCAGGGAGAACGUCACAAAUCAUGCUAACAUUACCUUGGAGUGCGUUUUUGAAGCCUACAAUCCUGGCGAAGUGAAAUGGUGGACGAGAUCGAAAGAUACCGACAAAUUACUCUCGGAUACAAACAACACAAGAAGGAUAGGAGACGACUUGAUAAAGAGUACUUACGUACUCCACAUUUACGGCAUUGAGGACAAUGGGACCUACACGUGUGAGUUAUACGAUGUCGUCUCCUCGAACAUCACACAAGGACAGAUAGACGUCCUUCUCACAGCGAAACCUCAAAUUAUAAUAGAAAAUGUCAUUCCUAUCAACACUACACAUGUGUACAUUAAUUGGACUGUCCAUGCGUUCAACUCUCCCAUCAAAGAAUACCAACUGAUGUACCUAAAUCAGAAGAACAAACCAGCAGGCUUCCGACACUACACAGUCCCGCCGAAGAUCGAUGCACAAAACACAUCUUUUCUGUUAGGUGGUUUAGAGAAAGGGACAAAUUACACGUUCAAAAUGCAGGUGGUAACUGAGUACGGCGAGAGCAAUAAGGAGAGUCCCGAGAGUAUCUACCAUAAUGUAACCAUGUUGUCUGAAGACCCAGUUUUCGUACCGAAUAUAUCUAUCAACGGGUUUUCCGCUACAUCAGUGACGAUUGGAUGGACCCCACCGCCGCCUAGUAUUGCUGAUUUAAUACAUUACUACAUACUUGAAGCUCAGAAGAAGGAUAAUGCCUCGGAUAGGCGAGAAGCCUGUCAUGAACGUAACGGGAAGAAUCUACCAUAUAUGUUCGGCAAUUUGGAGCCACACAGUACUUAUGUGUUUAAGGCAAAAGCCUGUUCAUAUUACUCAAGUUCGUGCGGCAACUGGUCUGAGAAGAUGGAGGCUGCUACUCUUGACGGAGUGCCUGGAGUUCCAAGUAAUGUGGUGGCCAAGUGCAGUGUGGACUUCCUCAACCUCACUUGGAGUGCUCCUUUGAAGCCCAAUGCUGAAAUCAAAGGAUAUACUAUGGAAAUAACUGGCAACAUGACGUAUAAGGACCGUUUCGGAGUCGAGAAAGUAGCUACGUGGGGCCCACUGUCCAAAUUCAUGACUAAUGUCACAAAUAACACUGGCGUGAACGACCUGCCUCCGAACACUCGGUUCAUGAUCCGGCUGAGCGCGGUGACGCGCACGCGCCGGCGCGGCGAGGAGAACGUCACGUUCUGCCAGACACAGCUCGCGCCGCCCGACUCGCCGCCGCGACCACGGUGGCGGAAGGUCCUAGAAAAUGGCACGUAUAUGUUCAAAAUGUAUUUGCCAAGAAUGUCGGAGCGAAAUGGACCCAUCUGUUGUUAUAGAGUUUACAUGGUCCGCCUACCUCCAGGGAAUAUAGAUUGGAAGAUUCCCUCCCCACGUGAUAUUGAUGUACUCGAAUACAAGGAUUCACAAACUAAAUUAGGGGCUUAUGUCGCUGAUGUUUUCUCAAACGACAAAUUCACAAGAGACAACAUAGAAUUAGUUUUGGGCGAUGAUAAAGUGGUCUUUGAUAAGCAAUCGGAUCCUACACUGAACCAGGAUAGAUGUCGUCGCUGUCUCAAGAGGCCAAAGAGGGUCCAUCAUGAGCCAACCCCAGUGUCUAUCACCACCACCACUUUGGAUGAUUUUGAGGACCCGAUCGAAGGCACCGAUGAUCCGAUUGAAAUUGAGGAUUCUGACAGGAUAUCGAGACGGUCUCCUGAUAAUAUCGAUUUCAGCAACAAUCCCAUGAUGAUGAACAAACAGGAAGAUGACUCCGAAAUCCGCGUGAGGGACGGCCCUCUCGACCCUACCGCCAACUACACGCUCUUUGUGGAACUAAUAUCGAGUUCAGACCCGGACGAGGCACUAUUCAGCGAAUACACAUCGCCACUGAUGCCGGCUGCCAGCCCGGUACCCGUCCCGUCCACCGCGCUCGAGAUCGCUUUACAGAUAACGUGCGCAGUGGCAGCCGUGAUCCUGCUCCUGAUGAUAGUAUUCUGCAUCAUGCAGACGCGACGCACCCGCAAGAUGCCCCCGCACGUACAAAUUGACAAUCCCUUCUCUUACGCACUCAGAUACUGGGACAGUAUCCGCGGCCGCCAGCCCCUAGUGUCGACCGUCCCCCCUGACAUACCCCCCAUACCAAAGGAUGAGCUGGCCGCUGCGUAUGCGCAGCGACAGGUUGACUCCGACUACGGAUUCCAGAAGGAGUUUGAAAUGCUUCCCGAAUGCUUCCCGGACCGCACCACGCACGCUUCCGAAGCCCGAGAGAACCAGCCUAAGAAUCGGUACCCAGACAUUAAGGCCUAUGACCAGACUAGGGUCAAACUGUCCCAGAUUGACGGUAUCACUGGAUCCGAUUAUAUCAACGCUAACUAUGUUAUGGGAUACCAGGAACGCAAACAGUUCAUCUGCGCCCAAGGCCCAACGGACACGACAGUGAAUGACUUCUGGCGCAUGAUAUGGGAACAUGGCUUGGAGCUGAUCGUGAUGCUGACCAACCUCGAGGAGUACUCCAAGGUCAAGUGCUCGAAAUACUGGCCGGAGGAGCGAUCCUCCAGGGCUUUUGGAGGGAUCACCGUGCAUCAUAUUGGUGAAAAGAGAUAUUCAGACUACAUCGUGCGAGAACUGAAGAUCACCAAGCAGCCAGUCACGGCUGAUGGACAGCCGAUCGUUGAGAACAAUGGCAUCGCUAAGAGGAAUGGAGACAUAAAAGAAGCGUCCGAGUCGAGUGCCCCGACGUCUCCCCGCGAGGUGAAGGAGAGCGGCGAGUGCCGCAUCGUGCGCCAGUACCACUUCCUCAUGUGGAAGGACUUCGCGGCGCCAGAGCAUCCACAUUCCAUACUCAAGUUUAUUAAGAGAGUAAACGAAGCGUGGACGAGUAUGGUGGGCCGUCCAGUGGUAGUCCACUGCAGCGCAGGCGUGGGCCGCACUGGUACACUGGUGGCGCUGGACUGUCUACUGGAACAACUGAGGGCCACUGGACAAGUCUCCGUCUUCAAUACCGUCGCCGAACUCAGGAGGCAGAGGAACUUCCUGGUGCAAUCGUUGAAACAAUACGUGUUCGUGUACCGUGCGCUAGUGGAGUACGCGCACUACGGCGACACAGAGAUCCCCGCGUCCCGGCUGAAGCCCGCCGUCGACAGGCUGCGGAAUACUCCGGACCAUGCUGAUAAAUGUCUCAUGGAGGUCGAGUUUGAGAAAAUGCUGAACAGUCCAGUAGCAGAGCCAUUGAAGUCGAUGGGCGCCGGCGCAGGCGAGGAGCUGCGCGCGCGCAACCGGAGCCCCGACUGUCUGCCAUACGACAGGAACCGGGUCAUACUCACGCCCAUACCCGGCAGGGACUUCUCUACUUAUAUCAACGCUUCCUUUAUUGAAGCGUACGACAACUCGGAAGGGUUCAUAAUAACGCAGGAUCCUCUACCGAACACGAUCAUGGACUUCUGGCGGAUGGUCUCCGAACAUAAUGUCACCACCAUUGUGAUGCUCAGUGAGCUGGGCGAGGGUAAGUGUCCGCGGUACUGGGACGACGGCACGGUGCAGUACGAGCACAUCUCCGUGCAGUACGAGGAGAGCGAGUCCUGCCCCUACUACACCAGGAGGCAGUUCAGGGUCACUAAUGAUAAGAGCGGCGAGGUGGUGGUGGUGCGGCAGCUGCAGUACCAGGGCUGGCCCACGGCGCGCGGCCACGUGCCCGAGGUGACGCGCGGCCUGGCAGACCUCGCCGACGCCGCCGCGCCCGCGCGCCCGCCCACCAUGCUCGUGCACUGCCAGUUCGGCACGGAGCGGUCCCCCCUGUUCGUGGCUUUAUGCACGUUGAUCCGCGCGCUGCGCGUGGAGCGCCGCGUCGACGUCAGCGCCACCGCGCGGGCAGUGCGCACGCAGCGCGCACGGACCAUCGACACCUUCUUACAAUACGAAUUCCUGUACCGUGCCAUACUCAACUACGCGGAGCUACACAAUCUACUAGAGGACAGUUAAGCAACCCCUACCCCCUACCCCCUAAAUCUAGUACCGUUCUAAGUUGACCCUUAGGACUCCGCCUUUUAAAGGUCCUGUGAAUAAUUAAAAACCGACCUUUUUACCCCGGCACUGCCUAGUUUAUAGAGCUCUUUUAUAUAUGUAUAAAAAAAAAAAACUAGCUUUUUAAAGUCUAUCCGCCGGUUUAAUGGUUACUUAACCCAGUCCUUAGCAAUUGUUUUUCGAUAUAAAAUCGUUAUUAAGGAAUAGUUUAAGUUAUCAUUGAAUGUCUCUGAGUACGGCAGUAAGAUGACAAGUUCAUUUGAAACAUUUAUGAAGAGGAUAUUUGAUUUUCAGUAUUGAUGAUAAUACUAAAAGAGGCUACUGAAAUUUCUACUUUUAGUUUAGGCAUUCCGUGUUCUUGUAUAUAAAAGAGCUCUAAUUGUAGAUAUUAUCAUUGAAUGUACGCCGAUACGUUGUCAGACGCUUUGCGUAUUCAAAGUGUCUUUGUAUUUUAUAAACGGCAUGGACUUUAAGGCCUAUAACCAUAUGUUCAAUAUGGUACAAUCUCCCCCGCGCCACCCAGCGGACUAUCGAACAAUACAUACAAUUUUAAGACUAAUUUUUAAGUAUACAUUUUGUAUAUUUGGUGUUUUACUUCUUUUUGUUUAAUUUACAGAAAUGUCUAACGACGAUUGAUCAAUCAUUCAUUUGUAUAAGAAGGAUUGAUCAAUCACAUGUAUUAUGAAAUUUAUGAUUGAUCAACCGUCGUUAUAACUUGUGGAAGGUUAUUGACAUGUCUAAUAUUAAGUUUUUAUUGGACAUAGUUUGACUUUAACCCUACACUGCUCACCGUAGGUGCUUUUUAUAAAUUUUGGACAAGUUUAUCUUGUAAACGAAUUUAUAUAUUAUUUUAUUAUCGAAGUUUCGUUAGCAUGGUUAUUAUUAUAUGAAAAUAAAACGAAAUGUCGAAUUUAAAUGGAAGAGAGAGGGAGCUAAAUUAACGCACAAUUUUGGAGUAGAUUCGUAUAAGGGUUUUGAAGUUUUAAACAUCUUGACGCUGUACCAUGAAUGAGUGAUGGUAUUUAUUUUCAUAUAAUAACUUCUAUGCUAAUGAAACUAAGGUUCAAAUUGAAUAAACGUUACUAUGAACAUGCUUCGGUUAUACAUUGUCUUGCUUUUAUAAAACUUAAAUUAUCAUCGUUUUUGCUCUUGUUUUGUUUCAUCACCUUCAUAUAAGUACCCGAUAAAUUUAUAUGAUUGAUAGUUCAUAUAAAUCACGUUUUCAAUUAAAAUUUAAUUAUUCUGGGACAUAACAGCUAUCCAAACAUUGUGAAACAGGUCCUUAAAAUAUUAACUUAUUAAAAAUUAUAUUAAAUCACUGCGAAAAUUGCCGAAAUCUUAUAUCGGGGGCCAAAGUAUUUAUUUACUAAACGGUCGGUUUAAUUACGUAAGUAUUAUAUAAAGAUAUAAAUAUAAACAGAAAGCUGUUUCAUUACUUAUUUAUUUUACAAUCAUACGAAGGUGGAUUUAAUGCCAAUUUGGCAUUCUCUAACAGUCAACCUUAGGAUGAUGUACAGAAACCACAUAUAUUAUAAGCAAGAUUAAUCUAAUCGACGCAUACGCAUAGUAACGUUAAUUCAAUUAAAUCAUUUUAUCUUCUGUUCAUCAAAAAAUACACAUUUUUCUACGUUAUUGCUCUACAAAUGUAAUAUUAUGUAUGUACAAAUGAUCAUCACUACCAUUUUUUGUAUCUCAGUAUAAUUUCGAAACAUACUUAGUAGAUAGGUUUACUAUAAAAGCUUCAGCUUCGUCUAAUUUACGCUGAAAAGUUACGGUUAUUUUUUUCAUGACAUUAAAAAACGAAUCGAAACUUGCAAUCGUAAUAAAAAUAAUAAGUUUUCUGAAUUAUUUCGUCUUGAUAUUUUAAGAUAGCAAUUGGAAGUACAUUUGGUACAAUAAGUAUAAUUGUGACAAGUGAAUUUAAACUGUAUUUCUAAGGGCAUUAAGUCCAAAACCAAGAUUAUAAGGCGUAACUGUUCAAGUCAUGUGAAUUUGGUCUUUAUGCUAUUAGUAUUUGGAGUUUAAAUUCCCUUGUGUACAAUAAAAAAAGAAUGGUUCAGAAAUCUUAUAUUUGCUACAACUCUACACACGCCCCUAGUGAUAGAUCUGUCGUUAUAACAAUAUUACCGUAUUAUUUUAUAUAAUUAUUAUUAAUAAUUGUAAUUUUAUUAUUAUUAUUUUUGGUAUAAAUCGUACCAAAUUGAAAUCGUGUCCAAAGAGGUGUAUAAGAAAUAAAAAAAAAAUGUCAAGGCAUAAAUGUGAAGUGGAAACUACGUAUUUAUUUGUUUAAAUUAAAAAUAGGAGGCCAUAUUUAAAUGCAUUUUUAACGGUUUUAAGUUACUUUUGAUAGAAAACAAAAUGGUUUUGUAAAAACCUUCCAAUGACAUUGCGAGGCCAAAAUGAUGGUACCCCAAAUUAGCACAAAUUUUUAAAUACGAGUGAGGUGUAACUGUGUGACGUGUUGUAUCGUGUGUGUGAAAUAUUCAUGUGUAUGUGUUACAGCAGACAAUGUGCUUAUUUUCUGUAGAACUUGUGUUGUUUUUAGGUGGUAUAACAGUUCCAACUCAGUAAGACCUGGAAGUAAUACAGAGGGCUUAGUAUUUGUUUUCGAGAGAUCGAAACGAGACCGCGUUCGGUGCUCUGACUGGUUAGUUCAUUUGAACCAACCAAUAAGAGCGCCGAACGCGGUCUCGUUUCAAAAUCGUACUAAGGACACAGUUUAUAAAUCCGUAAUUUUUUUCCCAUUCGAAACGAAAAUCUAUCUACAUUAUUGAUAUUUGACUCCAUACUUAAAAAAAUAUCUAGUAAAUCUCACCCAAGUCCCCUUAUAGACUAGUUAUUCCAUGUAAAACUAACACAAAUAAGUCACAACACCUCAUAAGUAAUCAUUUUCGAUGUUUUUACCAUAUUUCUAUUUCAUUUUAAUCGAUAUUAUGUCAUUGGUUGACGAAACUUUGCUGGUAUUAUUGUAUAGGACUCAUUUUAGCACAACUCUAGCUAGUUAAAUUAUUAGUUAUUCACCCUAAACCUUGAGUAUGGAUUGGUGUAAUGAUAACCUUUUCAUUUAUAAAACUCAUCGCUUAGUACAAUUUGAUAAAAAAAACAGUGGGUAUAUCAGAAGUACAUCUGUGCUAAUAAUACCACCCGUUUGUACUAAUAAUAGUGGAUAAAUAACCCCAAAACGUAUCAUAAUUUUACAUAUAUUUAAAAACAAAAUGUCAAUAAAGUUUCGCUACCAACGGCUUAAUAUUGAAGCAGUAUGAUUAGGUGAAAGUGCUUCGUUCCGCACCGUAUGACUGUCGACAUAUUUGUAACUUAGUCUAAGUGGUAUAUCUAGAUUUUGUAUGAGCUAAACAAAAUAUACAAUGUUGAUGUUGAAUGUGAAAUAUUUGUGAACACAGCUUCUAUGUUCAUUUCGAUUUUACCAUUCUUUUUAAAUUUUUUGUUAAUGGUAACACUAAAUUACCAAAUUUUGGUAGGUUUUUGUGCCCUUCAUAGGGUAACACCAGCUUCGCCUGAUAUUGUACAAAAUUUUCGAAUUUUCUUUCUUCGUUUGUCUAUUGUGGUAGUUUUUUUUAUACGUAUUUAUUUUUUAAAAGUUACUUUUAGUAGUUUAGUGUAGUUUUUGUUACGAUUAUUUUACAAUAUAAUUUAUAUUGAAAUCGACAAUCAAUCGUUAUACCUAUAUGCAUGCUUUAUUAUAAGUGUGAGAUGAGCUCAGACCAUACUUAUUUAAUUCUUUUACCUAUUCAAGGCAUUAAACCUUUACCUAUAUUUUCUUCUGGAAAAUAUAAACCAUUUAGCUUGCUUAUUUAGUAAACAUUCAGAGACACUUUGCAGAGUUUUUUUAAUUUUUCUACCAAAUAUUCACAAUAAUUACUCAUGAAAAUCUUUUAUUUUAUAUAAUAUUUUCCUUUUUGUAUAUUAUUUUUGGUAAAACGCAAUGAACAUACAAGCAGCAUGUGUCGUCCACUGAUAUCAAUAGAAAGAGAAAGAUGAUGGAUGUUACCGAUCAUUCGGAUGACUGAGUGACCGAUUCAGGAGUGGUUCCACGUGUGUACAGCUUUCCAUUAACUUUUCAGGGCCUAUUAAUGUUAGCUGUGUAAAAUAAAUUAACAUUGUACGUUGUAUCGUAGUUGUAUACACCUCUGCUUACCUCCUUUAGUGAUAGAAAAGUGGGACGUUAUAUAUUUCAAUACAAUAGAGUUUUAAUUGUUCAUUAGACAGCGUUAACCAUUAUUAUUUUUCAGGGUUUAUUAACUGAAUCAAGACAUAAUAUUAUGUCAAGUCUAAUACGACCCUGUUGAUUUAAUAAUUCAGUAUUAUGAUUAAAUACAUAAUAACAUGGUAGGUCUACAUUAUUCUACAGCUUUAAUAAAUCAUUUCAUCGUUCGCAUUCCAUACCAUUAGACGUAGAAUCUCAAAACCCCAUAAUUCAUUAAUACAUAUCUCAUUAAAUAAAACACAUAUGGAACCAUUUCUGAUUAUAAGUACCGUGUAUAAGGGACUUGCAUCGUAUUCCAAAACAUUCUAAUGUUUAAGUUUCUAACUAUUAUUCGUAAACGUUUAAAAAGGCUAUGAUACCGAAAUUAUUGUUUUAAACUAACGGGUGAAGGGAUUUUAGUUAUAUAGGGGGGACUGGUAAUUAGUGAACGAUAUUUAAACACGUAAUUGUACUCAUGAUUACAAACAGAUUUCCCAUAGGAACUUUUAUUGUAUACUCAUUCGUUUUAUUUUUAUCAUAAUAACAAAACAACUAAAUUUCGAGCGCGCGUGCUUUCGCAUGUUCAGCUGUUAGCGACGUGCCCGCUCUAUCGAAAAUCUAGUAACUAGGUACUCGCAUUUUGAAACUUAACUUUGAAAAUUAUCUUAUUGUGAUAAAAAUAAAACUAAUGAGUAUACAAAAACAGUUACUUUGGGAAAGUUGUUUGUAAUCAUGAGUACAAUCACAUGUUUAAAUAUCGUUCACUAAUUACCAGUCACCCUAUAUUCUUACGUAACUAAUGACUGAUUCAUUUAAUUUUGUAUUUAUAAGUAUUAUAAACAGUUUUUUCGUUAACAGUAUUUUUUCAGUAAUGUCAUUGCAAAUUAAACUUUCUGACAUAUAUGAAAGGGUUGGAAAUCAUACGUAAACUCACCGCGAAGUGAUCUCUUUUAAUAUUGUGUUCAAUUUUUAAUUUUAAUCAUCAGUUUUUUAAGGAUUACGUGCAAGUCCUAAGGAGCGACUGAAGACGGCGUGUUUUUUUAUUAGCUUUUUUAUAUAAAUGAACAGUAGGAAUGUUACUACAAUUUUUUUAUAAACAAAACGUAGAUAGUAAGGUAGGCUAGUAAUAUUUGGAUGUACUGAGAUUGGGGUAAGCGAGGACCUUUUUAAAUAUAACUUCUGUGUGUAAAUUGUUUGUUUAGAAAUACAUUAUGUAUUAGCCAAUGUGCACUUUAGUAGUAGUGUUGAUAUGAACAUGUUUUUUACUAAAGCAGUCUCAAAAACUGUUUGAAGCUCAAUAAAAUAGCGAUAGUGUUUGGUAUUGCUGUCUUUUUCACUCUAAUCACAUUAAAAAGAGAUGGAAAUAUGUGACUAAAACUUAGUUGCUAUUUGUAUAUCUUCUAAAAUUGGUUGGAAAGAGAUAGCAGUAACAAGCAAUUGAGAUAGCAAGAAUAUAAUCUAUAUAUCUAUCUUGCUCAAUAUGAAAAGGUUCUAUCACAGAUUUUAGCAUAGUAUGACGAUCAAACACCCCCUUUUUAGCUUACAUCGUGUGCUUUAUUUAGUAAAAAUGGUAACCAAACUUACACCAAUCUUGGUAGGUACAAAACUCCUUAUUGGAGGUCGAAAUUUAUAUUAAUAAACGUUAAAUACAAGCUCAGACCGCUUUUACAUAGUAUAUAUGUACGCUUUUUAUAUUAAAUGGGGCUUAACUAUGUAAAAAGAGGCAUUAGAUCAUAUACAACUCUGAUAUUAUGUACUUUACGGGGAAAAAUAACGAUUAUGUUAUCAACUAAUGCCUCUUUAUACAAAAUAUUUAUUAUGUUAAAUGUAAUUGUGUAUACCGGAUAAAAAUCUACAAAAUUAUAGCUAUUUAGGUAACUAUAUGAGAUGACGAGAAAUUAUUUUCCUAUUUAAAAACGCACUGCACUAUACAUAUUACAAAAUGAAAGAAUCAAAAUUAUUUUUCAAAAUAAAUGUUGGGAUCUCAAGAUUGUAAUCGGUCUUGGUAUUUUGUAAAUAUAUAAUUAGUAAGUUUCCGUCAAGAUGUUUGGUAAUGUUUUACUUUUUAUUUUAUCGUAGCGAAGCAUUGGCGGUUGUAUAACUGAUUUAUUAUUAAUUUGUUUUUAUUUUUGUAAAUAGAUAAGCAAGUCAUGUAAUACAAUAUUUUUGAAAAUAUACCAAUAUUUAGAA